AACUCAUCAACCUAGGCGGCAAUGGAACACUUUGAAAAGGGAGUCGUGACAAAGGCGGGCCUAAAUGGCACGGGCCUUAGGGUUCUUAUUGUGCAUACAAGAUGGAAUCUUCCAGUGGUUGAGGCCCUUGUCAAGGGAACUGUUAAUACUCUUCAAGCGCAUGGUGUUGAAGCGACGAACAUUGUUAUAAAGGACGUUCCUGGAGCCUAUGAACUUCCUUUUGCGUCACAGUCUCUCCUUCAGAGUGCAAAAGUCCCUUUCGAUGCCUGUAUUUCCAUCGGCGUGCUUAUCAAGGGCUCAACCAUGCACUUUGAGUAUAUAGCUGAUGCCACAAGUCAAGGACUGAUGCGAGUGGGGCUAGAUACGAGAAUCCCUGUGAUCUUCGGGGUCUUGACUUGUUUGACAGAGGACCAGGCCUUUGAGAGAGCUGGACUUGGGCGGGGCCCAUCCAAGGGACAUAACCACGGUGAGGAUUGGGCUCAGGCUGCCAUUGAGAUGGCUCUUUUGAAUAGAGGAUAGAGCCGGUGAAGGUACGACAUUAUAUAUCAUUGACGGUGCUACUAUAUCAAUGGCUAUUUUUACAAAAUCUAAAACCAUGUAUGUUCAAAGUAAUGUGGUUUGCCUUGUUCACUUCUUGUACUUUCCAACUUGCUCAUUCGCCACGCUUCGUAUUAAAUGCUUGAAAAAGCCCAUAUCUG